AUGUCAUCUCCAGAAAUAGUUGACGAUUUUUAUGGGGUGUAUUUAUUGUACAACAUAAAUCCUAAGUACAAAGGGCGAACCUACAUUGGGUAUACUAGGGAUCCGCUUAGAAGAAUUAUGCAGCAUAAUAGAGGCACUUGGGCAGGUGGAGCUCAACGGACAAAUAAUAAAGGUCCUUGGAAAAUGGUGUUAAUAGUUCAUGGGUUCCCAAAUAACAUUUCUGCAUUAAGGUUUGAAUGGGCAUGGCAGAAUCCUACUAAAACAAUAAGAUUGCAACAUUUAGACCUCAAGAAAUUACCAAGAAAGGAGACUGAGAUACAAUUUAAAAUCAGGGUUUUAACAGAAAUGCUGAGAGUGGGCCCAUGGUAUCGUCUACCUUUAACCAUUCAAUGGCUGGAACAUGACUUUUACAAAGAGUUUCGUCCAGAACGAAAACCGCCAGGCCACAUUAUAACCGGUUUUGGUCCAGUCAAAUGCAGAAACCUCAGAGUCUCCCAAGUUCUUUCAACAUUUGAAGUUUGUCAGAUUUGUUUCGAAUAUAUUUACGAUAAUAAGGAACUUAAAUGUGUCAAUGAAAAAUGUAAUUUAGUAGCCCAUUUAGCUUGUUUAGCAGAUUUAUUUUUGUCUCCUGGAGAAUAUGUUCCAAUUGAAGGUUCUUGUCCAAAAUGUAAUACCAUUUUAAAAUGGGGUGUUUUGAUACGAAAAAUGAAAGGACGUAAUUAUGUUGAAGAUACGGAGUCAGAAGUGGUCAACGAAGAAGAGAUUUCACAGGAUAAAAUGUUUGUUGAUAAUAAUUCGUGGUUUCUUGAUUGUAAUGAUGAUUUAUGA